CCGCCCUUCGCUCGCUCCGCGGCGGUGGGAGGGAGGGCGGGAGCGCGCCGCCGCGAUGGGCCGGUGGCUGUUGCCGUGGCCGCGGCUGCUGCUGCCGCUUGGGUGCCUCGCGCUGCUCCUGCCGCCCCGCGCCGCGGAGUUCAGCCCCUCCCUGGACAGCGACUUCACCUUCACGCUGCCCGCCGGCCGCAAGGAGUGCUUCUACCAGCCCAUGCGCAAGGAGGCCUCGCUGGAGCUGGAGUACCAGGUUCUAGAUGGAGCAGGAUUAGAUGUUGAUUUUCACCUGCUGUCUCCAAAAGGGGAAACUCUAGUUUUUGAGGAAAGAAAAUCAGAUGGAGUUCAUACGGUGGAAACAGAAGAUGGCGAUUACAUGUUCUGCUUUGACAACACAUUCAGUACAAUUUCUGAAAAGGUGAUUUUCUUUGAACUGAUUCUGGACAAUAUGGGAGAAGAUGGACAAGAUCAGGAAGACUGGAAGAAGUAUGUUACGGGCACGGAUCUCCUAGAUAUGAAACUGGAAGACAUUUUGGAAUCCAUCAACAGUGUCAAAGCCAGAUUAAGCAAAAGUGUCCAGAUACAGACCCUGCUGAGAGCAUUUGAAGCUCGUGAUCGAAAUAUCCAAGAAAGCAACUUCGACCGAGUGAAUUUCUGGUCCAUGGUCAACCUGGGAGUAAUGGUGGUGGUAUCAGCGGUUCAGGUUUACAUGCUGAAAAGUCUCUUUGAAGAGAAGAGGAAAAGUAGAACUUAACAUUUGGUAUGACCAUAAUAUAAUGGGAGAGGGGAAGCAAUAAACUACCACAGUAAAGAAAAAAAAUGAAAACAUGACCUUUCAGAUUGUUUUGAACAGGCAGUAGACAUCAGGUUUUCAAUUCAUGGUGGGCUUUUUAGUUAUUUUGGGGGUUUUCUUAACAUGAACAGAAGGACUUGCCCCCAAGCUCUUCCAUUUUUGCAAGUGCUACUAACUGUUUUUUUGUACUUGUAGCAUUUGUUAAUGACUAACUUCUGCAAAGUGCACAGGAUGCUUGGUGCAUAUGCAAGGUAAUGUUAAUACCGCCUUUUUUUCAUGUUCACAUAAGACUUCAAAUGGUAACUUAGACAUUGGUUUAUUUGUUAAACAUUGAGUGAAUUGGCAUAUGUGCCUAAGUGUUUACAGGGGUGGUCUGUAGUUACUGUCAUUUAUCCUCAAAGUUACAUGAUCUUAAAAAUCCUCAGCUUUUGUUGUAUGGCAUCAUGGAGAAACACUGGGCUAACAUGUAAGAACAAAAUGACAACUCUCUUUAUAUAUGGAUGACUAACAUUAGCACUUUAAAUAAGCACAGUCAAUGUGAUAGAGUCAGCGUUGAAAAGAAUUGGAGAAAAUAGGUGCAAUUCCUGUUCAUAAAUCUUUCUGUCCUGUAGUUGAACAGCCCUAUUUUCCUUUUUGACUGUCACAUGAGAUUCAAGAGACAGUGACCAUAUGAUACACAAAUGCACACAGACCUUGAAUUAUGCUUUGCAAACUUUUAGUUACUGUAACCUCAUGUAAUAGAUAAUUUUCCAAUAACUGAUUUCCAUAUUAUUCUUUCCCUUUCUUAAAGGGGGGGUGUCACAGUAUGUGAAAACAUUAUCAGCACAUUAAUUUUUGUAAGCUCAAAAUCCCUCUUAUUUGCCAACUUAUUUUUUGUUUUUGUCUACUACAUCAAUGACUAACGUAGCAGUUAAUAGGGUGACUUACACAGGCAUGAAAAACCAAAGCUGUUCACCUAAACUUUCCCUUUUUGCUGUCCCUCGUAAGUCUUUGAGCUGUGCAAGUACAGUGCAGUAUUUUCCUGUCUGGCUCUUUAUAUGAGUAAGGCAUGAAUUACAUGAACAAUAAAUACAAGCUUCAAAUUUUAAGCUCAACUGAGUAUGUAAUAUCACUUAACUAAGCAAAGCUUAUCCUCAGAUCAGCAAUUUGUGAUUUCUAGACAAAGUGGCUUUUAAGAGUGUAGUGAGGCUAUUUUUGCCAAGAGAACUUUUGCCAAAACCCCAGUGUGCAAGAAUUAACUUUUUUUACUAGUUCAAAGUUAGUCAUUUUUACAAUGUGCCAAGUCACUGACAUUUCCUGUAUAAAUGUGUUAAACUACAUUUUGUCACAUUACAAAAAAAAAAAUACUUGCUUUAAAAAAAAAACCACACUUUUUUUAAAAAAAGUAUAUGUAUUAGUGUUCUGCCAGUCAUUGGGUCAUCUGGGUAUGAACAGCAGAAUUACAGCUUUGAGACUUUCUGUGAUUAAAAAUGAUUUUUCGGAGAUAAAACAGGGUCAAUAGCUGCAUGAAGAAACACUUUGUUCAAGUGAAGCAGAUGCUAGCAAGUGCUACAGUACAUAGCAACAGCACUUCAGCUUUAACUUCAGACAAUGGGACAUAGCAAUAAUAUUUCUAAAUAGUUUUUAUAAGCGGAAGUGUUAUUCCUCACAGAAUUUGUUAAAGAGGGCUCUGAAUGCUCAAAGGCAGUUGAGCUACCUUUUUUUUUUUUCUCUUCAGCAAAGCUUUGUCCAAAGUAAGAUUGUUUCUCUUUACGGUUCUGGGUAUUUUUCCACAUGCUGCUUUCAAUACUGAAAUGCCUGGAACUAGAAAGCUUAUGUCUGUGAUCAGGACAAGUCUAGGAAAAGUCAAUUCUUCCUGCUAGAGCGGCAAAUAAUAUUUUUCUGCCAUUUCCCUGGACAUCUCCCAGUACCAAUAUACCACAUAUCUACAUGAGGGCAAUAAGCCAAAGCUUACCGAAGUCUACUUGCAAGGUUUUGAUCAGGUUCCUUCAGGACAGGCAAAUAAGAUUCUUAGGGCUGCGCCCUAUUCGCUAGAAGAAAGAGGAGAGCGAUCUUCCCUUGCACCACCAUGAGCGUGAUGCCACAAACCAUCUGCAAAAUGCUGAACCAGCUCUGUGAAGCUGCCACUAAGACAUCUACCUCUCACAGCAAAGCAACUAGAUUGCAGCUUAGACCUCCAGUAGGUGAGCUCUGCCAAGUCUUGCAAGGGCACCUCAGGGGAUUCGGUUCCCCAGCUGCUCUGCUGGCCCCCUGACUGCGGUUAUAAAUCCGGUGGCGAAACAGCCUGGGGUAUUAGCUUAAGCUGCUAAUGAAUGCAGACUUCUGAUCAAAGACACAAGACUGAACUGCAGCGGUUUCUCGGAUUACACAUAGCAGGCUCUGCUAGAAGCAAAAUAACAAAACAAUUGGCAGCGGAGUUCAUCUGGAAGAAAUUAUUAUUUUGCAACCAAGAGCUCUGUAUUUUCUCCCCAUUCAAGGUUCUUUACAGAAAAUGAAAUGGAAUAACUAGAAGGCUAACUGUGCUUUGACUUUGGCAGCUGGAAUAUGUUUAUAAAAGGUGAACAAUUUGGCAUUUCAACUUGCAGUUAAAUAAAAUUACAUUAGGAUUUUGAAGAGUAGAUUGUUUUUGAUUGUAUAAAAUUUACAGAGGAGAAUAUACUUUUUUCUUAAUGGACUUUUUAUUCAAAAUUGAAUGUUUUAAGACUUGCAGGUGUUGAAUAAAAUUAUGCAAAACUGAAAUUUUCAAUAAAUAAAGUUCAAACCUG